CCCGAGAGAGACCAAUAAGCGGCGGACACGGCGGAAGGUGAGAGUGUAGCGCUGAGGUGCUUGGGAAGAACGAGGCAGACGGUGCAUAGAGCGGUCCGGAGCACAACAGGAGGAUGGCAAGAGGAACGAUGAUACUGGGGGCGUUGCUUUGCUCGCUGUGUCUUGCGGUGAGGGGUGUGUAUUCUGCUGCCAGUGAUGAUGUUGUAGAAUUAACCCCCAGUAACUUCAACCAAGAGGUUAUUCAGAGUGACGGUUUGUGGUUUGUAGAAUUUUUUGCUCCUUGGUGUGGACAUUGCCAGAGUCUGGCCCCACAAUGGAAAAAAGCUGCAACUGCGCUGAAGGGUAUUGUAAGCUUAGGAGCUGUGGAUGCUGAUAAACACCAGUCUCUGGGUGGUCAGUAUGAAAUACGAGGCUUCCCCACUAUUAAGAUAUUUGGCGCAAAUAAGAACAAGCCUGAAAAUUAUCAGGGAGGCAGGACUGCUGAAGCCAUUGUGGAUGCUGCAUUAAACGCUCUUCGGUCACUUGCAUUGGACAGACUUAAUGGAAGAGGUGGUGGACAGGACCAUGGCAGACAGCAGAAGUAUAGUGGUGGUAGCGGCGGUGGCAGUGGAGGAAAGAAAGAGGUCAUUGAACUAACGGAUGACAACUUUGAUCGACAAGUAUUGAACAGCGAUGAGGUGUGGCUUGUUGAAUUUUUUGCUCCGUGGUGUGGACAUUGUAAAAGCUUGGAACCAGAAUGGGCAGCUGCUGCCGCAGAGGUUGCAGAACAAACCAAAGGAAAAAUUAAAUUGGGUGCCGUUGAUGCCACCGUCCACCAGGGUCUUGCCAGUCGAUAUGGAAUCCGAGGCUUCCCCACAAUAAAAAUAUUCCAGAAAGGUGAGGAGCCCAUCGACUAUGAAGGAGGACGGACAAAGGCUGAUAUUGUUGCUCGCGCUCUUGACUUAUUCUCUGCGAAUGCCCCACCACCUGAGAUCUUUGAGAUCCUGAAUGAGGACAUUGUGAAGAAGACGUGUGAGGAGCACCAGCUGUGCGUUAUCGCUGUAUUGCCCCAUAUCCUGGACACAGGUGCUUCAGGAAGAAACUCCUAUUUGGAAGUCAUGCUCAAACUCGCAGACAAGUACAAGAAAAAGAUGUGGGGAUGGCUGUGGGCAGAGGCCGGGACCCAGCUGGACAUGGAGACUGCUCUGGGUAUUGGUGGAUUUGGUUACCCAGCCAUGGCUGCUGUCAACGCUCGAAAGAUGAAAUUUGCACUCUUGAAAGGUUCUUUCAGUGAACAGGGCAUUAAUGAGUUCUUACGGGAGCUUUCAUAUGGACGGGGUUCUACAUUACCUGUUGGUGGAGGUGCACUCCCUAAGAUCAAUACAGUUGAGCCUUGGGAUGGCAAGGAUGGAGAGCUACCAGUGGAAGACGACAUUGAUCUCAGCGAUGUAGAUCUGGAUGAAUUUGACAAAGACGAACUGUGAAGUGACACAGAAACCUCCCUGUUGUAUUGUUACACCAUACCUCUUCUUGGAGGAACUUUUACCGCUGGUGGUCAUCCGCUCAUCCGGAACAUUGGUGGGACUCUGAUGAUGGCCUGUUUUUAACCUGAGACAUACUUGUGAACUUGCAGAGAAGGCCUUCAGUGAUACCAAUGGACAGUUCCUCUCGGGAGAAUACUGAAAAAUUCUAUGAAUUGUUGUAACAGCGAGUUUCAUUGUAUGCUUUUUAGGUUUUGCAGAAAACUGAUAUUUUUUUUUGCGUGGAAGGGCUUCUUCAGGGCUAACGUGAAGGAAAUUCUGGUAAUGCCCUUUUGGACUGGGGGGUCAUUAAAAAAAAAAAAUGUCUUCUAAAUGUUUCCUCAGUUGAUGCUGCAAUUGUUAUUUUGUUUAACAUAUUUUAUGUUUUGGGUAUUUUCAUCAGCAAAUUGAUCAGCUUGAUUCAGUUUACGAAUAAAAUAUUUUUUGACAAA